ACAGAGCUUCCCGACACUAAAGGAAUUCGCUGUAGAGAUUUUCAAAAUAAAAGUAUGUUUGCGUGGAGGGAGAAAAAAAAGCAUUUUUAUUUCUUUCUGUGACAAAUUAGAAAUAUACAAAAUAACGAGUUAAAAAAAACACAAGCUAGUUGAAAACAUAGAUAUUGAGCUGCGCAAGAAAAUUCAGAAGUAAGGGUGAUUUCAUUGUGUUUUUGACUUCAAACACCCAACAACGUCAGGUUCAAAAGCAAACUGAGCUCGAGCAGACAAGCCGAACCUGAAUCUACGACCCGGAAGUCAACUACAUGACGACAGGUCGCCAUAGUAACAGAAAAAAACAUUACCCCGCAACGAGCCUACCGUAACAGCAUGUUUGCAGAAGCAGCAGCAGCUGAAAAAGAGUCUCCCAUGAUCCUAAGCAGGAAGCUCUCUCCUGAAGCUCAGCGCAUUUCAAUUAUUGUGGAAAACUGCAUCAGUCAAGUUGAGAUUGCAGCAGCUCUACCCAGCAUCCUCCAGUUCCACGCUGCGUCUGGUGUGGCGGACGAGGAGCUGAGCGAGGCCCUUCGGUCGCAUCAGGUACUGGAGGACAGACUGAAGCAGCUCGAACGCCAGGAGCUCAAUGCAGAUGGGCUGCAAGAAAAAGAGCGAGCAAAGCCCAGAGAGAUGGUUCAGCUCAGAGCGAGCGUUAAAAACUCAGUCAGAGAUGUCCUGCGGUUUUUCCGGCUCCAUCCAGAUGUGCUCGAGGACUUGAGAGGAGAGAUCAAUGUGGAAGUAGGCGAGAGCGAGCGCACGUUAAUCAGAAUGCUUCGGAUGUUUCACAGCUAUUUGAUAAAAAGGUUGUGUUCCGAAAAAGAUCAGGCACCCCAGAGGCAGCGGCCUUUAUGUCUCGAUAAUUCUCUGCAGCUGUUGAUUUCAGAGGAAGAAAAAUCAGCUGCAGCCUUGAAGCAAAUGAAUGAAACGCUCUUGGAGAAGGAGAGUGAGAUAAAGCAAGUGGAAAGAUCUUUAAAAGAGCUUCAUAUGCAAAUUAAGCACGAGCUGUCUCUCCAAGAGAAACAAGAAGAGGUAAAUCUGACCAGCUUAGGCGAUGAGCUGGGCAGUCUCAAACAAGAAGCCGAUCAGCUGAGCUCGCAGCUCAACGCGUUGAUGCUCGAAAACAGAAAGGCGGAGAGAAUUCUGCAGGAGAAAAACGAUUCUGUGAAAAUAGAAAUUGAAAAUAUUCUGCAAAGCUUUGACAAGGACAUGCUGGAAAUCCAGGCCAAGCUGGAGCUGACUGAACAGGGAUAUGAAAAGGAGCUGGAGGAGGUGAGGAAGCUGCAGGAGCCCUUUUCUCUCCUGGAGGAGCAGUACAACAUUAUCCAGGAGAGGAGGCGUCUGGCAGAGGAGAAGAGGAAAGAGGAGAUUAGGCAGCUGGAGCUGAAGACCAAAGCUACUAUCAUCAUCCAGGCGUGGUGGAGAGGGUACAGUGUCCGCAAGGCCUUAAAGAGCAAGGCCAAGAAGACCAAAAAGGCCAAAAAGAGCAAGGGCAAGAAGACCAAAUGAAUCAGCCAGCUUCACACUGUAGUCUGUAGUUUUUAGUUUUUCCUUUCAAAUUUUUACAAGAUUGAUUUGAUUAUUAAUUUAUGUGUUCACCCAUCCUUUUUACUAUUGUCAAUUUUGAGCUUAAAACGUAAUAUUUUCACUCGGUAGGCUAUGUGAACUGUUGUUUCAUGAAACGGCCACAGGGUGGCAGUGCAGAACUCUGAAACAGAAUAAACGUAAACAGAAACAACGCAAAUAAAAGUAAAAAAAUAAAACAAGGACAUUGUGUGUUGUUCUUGAUAGUUUUUAACACUUAAGGAGCAACAUAAGACAAAAAGGUCCACAACUGACAGAGAACUAUAAAAAAGACAAACAUGACAGAUAACAUAAUUGUUUUAGCAAUUAUACGAUCGACGUACAAACAACGCAUUGUUGGUGAGUAAAGGAAUUCAGUUUUUUUUUUGUUUCAAAAAAAUACUUCACCUUAACCUUAACUAAGGGUGCAAAAGAGUUAAAAACUGACAAAUUGUGUAUGCCCAACUAAAAAGGUAGGAAGAUCAUGUGACUAUUAAGCUGUGAUGGGAAGUUAAAUAAAUCUAUAUUGUGCCAAAUGUCCAGCUCAUUUGGUAUCAGUGUUGGUGCAAAUGUGCUUUGUGAUGUCCAAGAAAUUGCAAUAUUUAGUUUUUUUUUUAUUAUAGAUUUAACUUUACAAAAAAGAAGAAGUUAUUUUAACUGGUGCUUGUGACAAAAUGCUUACUUGUUUGUGAUGCAUUUUCACAAUGCUGGCCCAUCCCUUAAGUUUAGGCCACUUUUUAGCCUAAAUUAUUCAAGUACUCACUGAGAAUGAUUUGAUGGAGAAAGAUGAUGAAUUACAGUGUUAGCCACAUGAAUUAAGAUUGUUUUAUGACGAUAAUUUGAACAUUGAUCUGGAAGCAAUGCUGCAUGGAGGCAAAGUUUUCGCACAGUUGUCUUACUCCAAGAGGGACCUGGGUUCAAAUCCUAGCAAGGGGG